AUGCAUUCAGGAGGCGCGAGGAACGCCAGCGGCUUUGAUAAAGAUGAGUAUCCAUUGGAGACCAGUCAAGUACCCGUAUCCCCUUACACGAUGGAUCCAGUAGUGGCCGCAAGCGCCAUUGAUUCUCUCAGUGUUUCCCACGAAGAUCCAUUGGAGACCAUCAAAGAUCUGAAGCGCCAGUUGGCGAAUACCAAGAGAGCCAAGAUCAUUGCCGCCAAAUUGCUCACGGAGUCCGUUGCCAAGGCAGAGAAUAUGGAACGCAAACUGGAGAAGCUGAAGUCAAUCGUGGAGGAGCAGAAGGUCUUUGCGAAGAGAUUGGAAGGUUGGAAGGAUGCCUAUAAAGCCAUGGAGAAAACCAGGGACGACUUUGACGAGGAAAGCAAUGGGCUUGUUCUUCAGCACAAUGAACUUGUGAUUGAGUAUGAUAAGCUUGUGCAGGAGAAGGGCACUGCUGUGGAAAAGUGCAACCCGUCUCUCAACACUGGUGCGAGAGAUGAGAUGGAAGUCGAGGCUCAAGGUGGAUUUGAGGAUGCCGUUUCGCAAAUCAAGAGCCUGAGCGAGAAGCUUAAUACCUUGGCUCUUGAGAAAGCUGGUCUUGAGCGUGCCAUGGACAGUUUCCGAGUCACUAGAGAGCAGGAGAAUAGAGCUAUCGAGCAAAAUGUCGGACGAGCUACUGCUACGUAUGACCAGGUGGUUAGGAACAACGGGGCUCUUGAGCAACAAUUGAGUUUGACCAUGGCUACGAAUCAAGAGUUUACUGCUGCUGGCACGGCUCUUGAACAAGAGAUGAAUGCCCUUCUACAAGCCAAGCACACUCUUGAGCAGGACAACUGCAAUCUUCACCAGGAAAAGGCAAUUCUCGAACAAAUUUUGGCUACGAUCAAGACUACGAUCCAACAGCUGAUUGCGGACAAGAAGAUUCUUGAAAUGGACAUGGAAGCCGUCAAGGCUGCGAAGGUCGAGUUGACGACAGAGAAGGCAGCAGUUGAAGAAGAACUGACAGUGGCAAAAGUCGCAAUCGAAGGAUUGGCUACAGAUAAAGCAGCUAUUGAGGAGGCUUUGAGAGUCGCUAUCCUCAAUAACGAUAAGAUAACCACAGAGAAGACGGGUAUCGAGGCAGAGGUCAAGAAGUUAGAGGCAGAGAAGGAAGUACUCAAAGGUGAAAGAAGUGGACUGGAGGAAAAGCUUGCUACUUCCGAGGCAGCCUGUGUUCAGUUGUCUACAGAGAAGAUGGAGGCCGAGAAGUACUUGGAACGCAUGGUAGCUAUCUUGAAUGCCAUUACAGGAAGUGAAAAGUAA